AAACGAGAGGACAAAGGAUUUGUUAAACAAAAGCAGGUUUGGACAACAGCAAAAGUUGCACGGUGGAGCGACAUUUUAGAGCAUUGGCCUCACAGUUGUAAGGCCUGGGGUUCGAAUCUGGGGCCCGAAGAAAUUAAGAGUUUGUGAAGCUCACCUCUCACAAGCUGAAGGAAUGGGCGGCCUUCCACUGGUCCUGCUCCUCUGUGGUUUCCACGCUCUCACAGCUGUCGUCCAAGCCCAGAAGAUCGAGACCACUGAGGCACCUGCCGGGACAACCCCGCCAGCCAACUGCAGGGAGGAGAUGUACCCAUGCACCAGGAUGUACUCGGUUCAUCGACCCAUCAAAAGAUGCAUCGGCGAACGUUGCAUUUACAGCCUCCCUCGCGUCUACGUGAUCAACAACGAGAUUUGCGUGAGGAUGGUGUGCCAGCAGGAUGAGUAUCGAAAAGCCGAGUUGUGCAGAGAGUUGUCUGGGUGGCCCAAGCGCAUCCAGAGGUCACUGAAUAGAAAGCGCUGUCGCAAUCGCCGUGACAACCCCAAAACCUGGGCAAACAAGGCCUGACGGGGAGAGGGGCUGCGGCUACGGCAACGUGACCACCCGGCAAGGUCGGGGCGCCGUGAAGACGGGACUCCGGGGACGUUGUCAUCAAAACAGUCCAUAACACCAUAAAUCCAGCGCUCAACACCUGCGGGGGUCUCCUCCCCGGUUUUUCACACACUCACUCACACACACACACACACACGCACACACACACACAGCCCAUGUGCUGAGUCAUAUCUAUGUUUAUGUGUACUAACUUUUAAUUGCCUGUGAAUACAGAGCAUUUCAUGUAUCAUGUCAAGCAGGGUUUAUGGCCCUUUAAAAGGUGAUAUGGAAAGCCAUUUAAGCAUUUACUCUGGAUACCCAAUUUAAAGUCUUUGUACUACAACGCUCUUGGUACUCACUGCUAAGAUAAUUCAGAACAUUAGUAGAAGAUCUUGAGCAAUGUUUUUUUUAUCGGCACAAGCGCCACUUUUUACCUCUUAGUACGGAAAUAGAUCUUACAAGUUGCAUGUUUAUUGGAUAUCCAGAUAUCUUUGUACUAGCACGUUCUUUGUCCUCACACACACACACACACACUAAAAAUGAUUAAGACGCAAUUGUUCUACCAGUUGGCCGAAACGUCAUACUAGUAAUGCCAAAGAGCAUACUAAUACAUGGAACUUAAACUGGACAUCAUGAAUAUUGAAUAAAUGCUGAAAGAGCUUGCCAUAAACUCCUAUAUGUUUUGCACAAAAGACUGUUUGACAUUGCAAGGUGCUAAAUAAUAAUCCAUUAUGCAUUACGCGCGCUGUUUUACCCAAUCAGUUAUAUCAACACUUGAUUUUGUUUCUUUCCACAUUUCCUUUGUCGAAUAAAUAACAUACACAUA